UCACGCUACAGGCCCCUUAGCCAUCCGCUCUUACUUUCCGUGCCCGGCGCUCCGUGCUCGCCGUUCGGCUUUGGCAAGGUGCAUUUGGGACCUGUGCAACACCCUCGCUCUUACACUCUCCACAGGGCUCUCCCAGAGCGAAUUGUAGAAUCUGCAAAGCUCAUUUAGCUUUUUACGGAAAACCGAGAGUUACGGCUUUGCGACAUAUAUAUCAAUAUAUUGCGCCCAACAGUACGCGUUUCUCCAUCGAGCGUCCUCCAUUGAUGCCGCGAAUCGCUGAUAAUCAGCCAUAAUGAAGGCCUUCAAGUCGCUCGGACGCAAGUCGUCUGCGUCCGAGCGAGAUGCAAAAAGCUCGCGCGAACAGCUGCGAAAUGUAACCGCAAGCGCCUCUUCAUCCUUUCCUGUGCCUCCCGCGACACGUCCAGCCAUUUCGGCGGCCGGCAGUUCAACAAAGGCAUCCUCGCCACUGGCUGCAGCAGGGACAACGAGCAGUAGCGCUCGCCUCGGAGCGGCUGCUUCCAAGGCUGGCUUACACCGUGGUGGAGGCGCUGCUACUUCUGGCGUUUCUGAUCUACCCGCACUGCCCAAUGGACACCCAGCAACGCUUGGGCAGGCGCAGAUGUCUUCGUCAGGAGCACAAAGGCAACAAAUACCGGCUCAGCAGCAGCCUGAAACAGCUUCAAUGUCACAACUGCGCUUCUCGGGCUUCAACUUUGACUCUCUGAUCCCUAUGCUCGGCGCCGAUGGCCAUCAGCAACUUACGCGAGGCACAGGCGGUCCCUAUGGCAUCGCAACGGCUGCCCCGCCUAGUCCGUCCAGUUCGUCUCCCGUCGGCUGCUCGAAUGGGGUCGUCAUUUCCGCAGGAGGCUCAGGGCCAGGGCAGGGAUUAGGGUCGGGUAUAAUCGCACCGCUACAACGCUCGGCGUCGGGCUCAGGUGCGGACACUAUUCGCGCUGCAUCUCCCUCGCCCUCGCCCUGGUCGGCCGCUUCGCCCUUUUCGACACCGCGAGGCGCAUAUCCGCCUGUGGCGGCGCACAUGCAGCCGCCCUCCCUGCGCGCCACCUCACCCACCCCACCAACCUCCAACUCGCAUCUGCAGCAAAAUACCACAGCGCAAGGGCUAGGAAUCGGGGCGAGCAACGCAGAUUGGGUCAUGCCGGGCACCAGAGAGAUACAUUGUGUGGUCCCUGCACCGAGCGUGCAGCCCCAUGCCGCAAUGAUGUCUCCGCCGGAUGCUCAAGCGCAAGUGCUGACACAUGCACAAGCGCAGGUACAAACGCAAGCAAAAGCGGAGGCAGCAGCUCACGCUAAGGAGUGGGGCAAUGGAAGGUCUGAAGGAGAGCAGCAACUGCGACAGCAAGCACAGGAACAGGUUAACAGUUCAGCCCAAGCUCAAGCGUCUGGCGCAGUGAAGAGUCAAGCUUCUGUGCCAACAGCUGUCUCGACAAAAUCAGGUCCACCAAAGUUAGAGGAUGCCAAACCGCCACAGGCUGCUUCUUCUGCAGCCUUUCCAACGCCACAUCAAACCAAUUCUGCUGCAACCGAUGUACAGUCUCCAGUGGCAGGCUUGGCGCCCACUUCAACUUUGUCGACCAACCCUGGGCAAAUCAAAUCAAAUAAGGAAUGCGCGCCUGCAUUGCCUCUGCCACAGUCGCAGCUAAUGGCCCCAGCAAGCAAGGACGCCAUGCGUGUUUCGAGCAGCGGUGAUUUGCACGCAGCGCAAAGGGCUAACGACGCGGCUAUCCCUCCACAGCAACUGAGAGCCGCAUCGACGUCAAUAACUGAUUUGGUCAAUGGAAGCGACAACAAUUCCUCGCAAGGAGUCGCAAACGGUACUGCAGGUGAAGAGCGGCGGUUGCGCUCAAUGAGCAAGGCUGCCAAACCCGCCGACAAGAGGAGCGCGUCGGCUUCGAUGGCAAGCAGUAAGAGUCGAGCAAAAGCGGGCAAGGCGGAAAAGUCGAGUCGAGAUACCACAGCGUCAGGAGCGCAUGAUGUGUCCAUGUCAUCGGAACAAUCCAUGUCUUCUCUCAGUCAACCUCAUCGCCAGCGUACGACCUCUGCUUCUAGCUCGGCUGCAGGGACUCUGAAUGAGACAAAGGAGAAGGAUGAGAAGAAGAAGCGUCGGAACUCGUUAGUUGUCGCUGCCGCGAAGCUGUUCGGGAGGCGGAAGAGCUUCAACGAUCUCAGUGGCGCAGCCACAGCAGAGCCUGUCCCAGCUCUUCCUCAGGGGCUCGCCAUAGCGAAUUUGAGGGGCACUGAAGAAGGGGAAAAAGCUCAGGGUCAGGCUUUUGUUCAUGCUUCGGCGCAGGUCGCAGGUGCAAACUCGGCACAAUCGCCAUUGCUGCAGUCAUCUUCAGCUGAAAGGCCGCAGCAACCGCCGGGCAUCCUGCAAAUGCCUGCCUCCUCGACUUUAUCAUCAGCGACUUCAAAUCCUCAGGAUCAAACCUCAUUGGCUGGCGCGCUCGCAGGCGCGAGCCUUGCUGCCCGUCACUCGCUGACGCAGAAAAAGAACGCCAACAUGCUGCCUCUAGCCACUACGACUUCUGUACAAGCAGAACAUGCGAAGCGGCUCAGCGCGUUACCACCUGCCGCCUCUUCGGCACAGUUUUCGUCGCCCUCUAUUCCGGCGCAGAGCACAUCGCAGGUGAACAAGGGUAUGAGCACGCAGCCACCAGCAGUCAACCCUACUACGACCCCUUCGUCAUCAAUCGCGAUGCUCUCGACGGCGUUGAUACCACUGCAGCGCUCGCCGAAGCGCAUGAGCACUGUUCUCCCCGUCGCCAUCCCAGAUACACAAGCACUCAAUGGGAGAGCAAGCGCGCCAAGUUCGCCCGCCACAGAUAUGACACAGCAAGGUAGAGCUUCUGAUUGUAGAGGCGAGACAAAACAGGAGCAGAAGGAAGAACUGAAGGAGGAAGGGGAGGAGAAGAUACCCACAAAGAAGCGCUUGAGCUUGUUUAGUCGAACUGGUUUGCCCGGCACGCUGGGAGCAGUGUCUUUGGUUCCCGGGCCAGUGCAGAUGGUUGCAAGCUCGCCAGGUGACGAUGCAAAAUACGGUAUAUCUGAGACCUCCACGCAAGCCAACUUCAACUUCCCCCAUCCACCCGAAUUGAUGCCCAACGAGUCCUUGCAGACUGUGGUAGCGCACGACAGCGAUGCAUCGGAGACGUCCAACUUUGCAUCAAAGGACGGCUCCAGCGCGUACACGGAACCGGAGACCAAUUCCGGCUCUGAGACCAUGCCAGAGACGCCAGGGGACGUGCCCAUGUCGCGCUUCAAGCCGAAUAUCAAGGAUGCGCCUGUGGUCGCGGUGCCGCUGUAUUCGCAGAUGCGCUCGCCUCAGCAAGGGAUCCCCUCGCCGCAGGCUGCUUCGCCGAUGAUGGCGUCGCCUUCUUCGGUAGGCUCGCCGGCGUUUACGAUGAGUCCUCACCUGCGAUCAACACCAAAUUCACCAACGCCUGCACCGUCGAAUGCACAAGUGUUUCCAAUGCAGACUGUCACUCCUAAAUCCAAAUAUUCUUCGGUCGCGCUGGAAGGCCUCUCGUCCGAGCAGAUGUACGCGCUCAGACGUCAAGGGUUUUUUACGGCAGGCAAAGCGGACCUGUCGAAGGUCCCUCUUCGCAAGCGCACCGUGAUAGAGAGGCGUCGCUACGAUGUGCCUGUUCACAGUGCAACCAAGUUGCCUGACGAAGCGGUCUGGGUGAGAGACGAGCACGUCGCGUACUCGGAUCUCCCCUUAUUGGUCUGGUCGCCGGCAGCACCCCGGAUCAUUGCCAACCUUCUGGGACAUAUGGAAGUGGGCGACGUUAAGAGCAUGCGACAGUGCUGCAGGGGUAUUCGGGGCUCGUUAGAUGAAGGAAUCGGCCGGGAGUUGGUCCUGCAGCGCUUCUUGGGAGAGGUUGGGUAUCGAAGGUGGAAGAGUCACAAGUCGAUGGCUUCGAAUGCCGAGCUUCCGACAGAGCCAAUUCAUCUCACAUUUGCCGAUGUCGAGGGUUUUGUCGUUGGGCAUGAUCUGACCGGCGAAUACAAGCAGGUUGCUCAAGAAUACAUCAAGAACAAGGACCAGCUUGAUCCUCGAAUUCCUCAGCUCGCCCGGGCAUCGACGCGAGCGUAUAACAGAGUCCUAGCUCGAUUGAGGCUGCAGCCUGGGUUCCGAUACCCUCAGGCAGCGCCUGCGCCUGGAUCGCCUUUGGUAUCUUCCUGGACGCCGCCUCGUUCGCCGGUGCGAUCUGCUCACCGCGCCAGCAGUCUCCUUCCGUCGGCCUCACAUAGCUCAUUGUUGUCGCCAGCCACAGGCGAGCAGCAGCCACAGAAGUCAAGCAUGUCGCGCGCAAAUUCUUACUACCCCAGCCACAGUGACCCAAGUCUGGCAUGCGAAACACAAGCCAUGCUGAGCAGGCGUCCUAAUCCUGUGCGCUCGUCACCGGAAUUGUCCCUCGCGAACAGCUUUUCAAGUCCACCGGCACUGGUGAGGCCAAGUCUGCCGUGCCCUUGGAAACCGGGCCGUGCAGCUUCCUUUCGCGUUUGGGUACCCUGCGCAGACUUUCAGACCGGCUGGCUUAGCGAUGAUGAGCUGACGAGGUGCGAGCAAGAACUGUUCAAGAGUGGGGUCUGGAAAUUGCUUCGAAAGGGAGAUGUCGUGUGGGACUGUGCACUUGGCUCGCAGCGCAACGAGGGCAAGUACAUCUUCGAUGGGAACUUUUUGAGGGACCUCUCAUAUGUUUUUGAUCCGGCUGGACACUUGCCAUCUUGGCUCAAUUCGUUCCUCUACCCUCCGCCCCACUUCCACAACAUUAUUGCCUCGACCACCGCGCACCCAGUCGUGUUCCUGGACAUUCUGCCUUUUCGCAACGAAAUCUUUUCGUCCUUGAAGCUGCUACAAGACAAUGUCGAAAUGGGCACUUACCGAGUCAACAAGUGGCUGUAUCGUGCGACCAUGAACGUCACUGCCGGGCAGAUCGUCUCUUACGAAGGCCUUGAAUCGGUCGACGAGGCAUGGCACGGAAAGGUUGUCAUUGAAGCAGAGGGUACGACGGAAGCGGCUAAGGAAGUCAUCGGCCGUUGCGCCGGUCCAGCGGCAACGCCCAAGCAGAAGCAGGACCUCAUCGCGGCGGUCACGGAGGGCAUCAGCGAAUCUCUUCUUUUGCAGAAGCCGUUCAUCCUCAAUGCAGAGGGUGAAAAGUUGGAAACCACUACCCCGUGGGCCGUUCUCAGGGAGCGGAGUCGACCGGGUCUGAUCUACAUCAGCCCCAUUUCAGCCGCACAGGCCCCACCAAUCGCGUAAGGUCUACGAUACAUGCACCCAUUUUUCCACGCCAGAGGGCCGCAUGGGCGGGGUACCCUCUUUCCGCGAUUGCUAGAAUCUUGGAAAUAGAUAAUAUCACCAGCGCUACAGUACCCGCAAGCAUUUACAUCUUG